CGCCAUGAACCAACACGACUGCGCUCAAUAUGAAAACCAGGAAGUGACUUUUUCUGCUCCUUGGCUUUGAAAGAUGGAGCAAACUACAAGCGUCCCCCGUCAAAAAACAUUUACAUGCCAGUCGUGUGAUUUAAGUAGCCCCUUUACUUACUACGGCCAGAAACCACCAAACACCAGAGCCAUUGUGUUGCUUGAGGAGUGUUUUUUAAGCCAGGACCCCUUCAGUCCGGACAAGGAGAAGUUCCUGGUUUUAGGCUCUACCUGCAGCCUGUGCAACAUGUGUGUAUGUGUUGGAUCGGACUGCAGUCUUUUCUACACCAAGAGGUUCUGCAUGCAGUGUGUGAACAAGCACUUGGAACAGUUCCCCCAUCAGAUCCGAGCCGAGCUGGCCAAGAAGAAGCAGAGCUCCAAGUCUGCCGUCUCGUGACAUCGGACAAGAAGAGGUCCAUAACAUGCUCACCAAUAGAAGAAAGAUGUUUGGUCUUUUAAAGAGUCCCAAAUUUGUCAAGGUGCUUUACCAGAACUCUCCAUCAAACUCAUACUGAACUUAACUGCAAAAAGAGCAUAUAACAAAAAAAGAAACAUACUUAAAUUUUUUGGCAUAGCUUUUUAAUUUGGUGGAAAAAUGAACACCACGCAUCAGAACAAUACUAGAUUAUGCUUUUGUCCAGUAAAGUCGGGCUGCUGUAUUAACCUUCAGGGUGUUAUUUAUUUGAUUCUAGAGAGUUUUAUAGAAGCAGCAAAUAAAAAAGGCUCGGAUAAAUAUCUGAUUUCAUGUGCGUGCAUAGUUGGCCUACAGCAGAUCUAAAUUUCCUAUUAAACAAUCCCGAAAAACUUUUAAAAUGAUUGCUGAUAUCUGAUCACGAAUGUCCAUGAUGUUCAGUUUGGCUAAUGCUUGUUCAGCCCAGUGCAGCAACUAUUCUGGUGCUCCUUACAAAAUGUUUAACACUACUAUUAUAACUCCAGAUAAGAUGUGGAAGUAAUAGCUUUUCCCCGAGACCAGUUGCAGGGCAGAUUAAAAACAUUAAUUUCUCCACUGCUCUUACAAAGUAAAAAAUUAAUAAACCACCUAGAUUUUCUCUUUCUCUUUGUACUAUAGUAUUAUGCCCAUUGUGCAUUAUUUUAACACCCUAUUUUAUGAGAAAAUAAAUGUUUACUACUUCUCAGCAAUAUAUGGAAACAUUUAAAUUUACAGGACUAAUUACCUCUAACUAUAAUAUCCUUUUUAUGAGUACAUACAUUAUCCUUCUCAUCUCUGCAUCCAUGGUCAGACGAUGCACUGCUAACUUCUGUGAAGUCAAAAUAGUUUUUCUGUGUAAUCUGAAACUAUUAAAAAAAACGAU